CGAGACGCGCGUCAUAACCACCGCACCGCAAGUAAUAACGGAAAAGUUCGGGAAAAACUGCGACUGGUUGGCGACGAACGAAUAAUUUUUGGGGACAAGAUUGCAAUGUGCUUUUAUACGAGUCAACGAAAGUUCCCGGCAUCAAAAUGAAACAUGUCCCUAGAAAGUACAAUUUGGAACUGUUUCUUUUGGUCGAUUUUGAUUUUGACUCGUUUGAAUGUCACGUGGGGAUUACCGCCGAUAGUAAGAAUAGGUGCAAUUUUCACUGAGAAUCAAAAAGGAAGUGCGGCCGAAGUCGCUUUCCGGUAUGCAGUCUAUAAAAUUAACAGGGACAAAACUCUACUUCCGCAUACUUCCUUGGUAUACGAUAUACAAUAUGUUCCGGUGGACGAUAGUUUUCAUGCUAGCAAAAAAGCCUGUAGUCAAGUCCAAAACGGAGUCUAUGCAGUUUUUGGACCAUCGGAUCCACUCCUCGGGUCUCACAUCCAUUCGAUUUGCGACGCAUUGGAUAUUCCCCACAUAGAAACCAGAAUCGAUCUGGAAAGUGACUUUAAAGAGUUCUCCAUCAAUCUAUAUCCGGCUCAAAAUUUGCUCAAUACCGCUUUCGAGGACGUCAUGGACUUUUUAAAUUGGACCAGAGUCGCUAUUAUUUACGAAGAAGAUUAUGGAUUAAUAAAAUUACGUGAAUUAGUCCGUGCUCCUCAGAAUAAAGAUUUGGAAAUCCAUUUGCGUCAAGCGGAUCCUCCAACCUAUCGAAGCGUGCUGAAAGAAAUAAAAAGUAAAGAAAUACAUAAUAUCGUUAUCGAUACGAAGCCAUCUAACAUGCAGUUGUUCCUUAAGGGGAUUUUACAGCUUCAAAUGAACGACUACAAGUAUCACUACAUUUUCACCACCUUUGACAUUGAAACGUUCGAUUUGGAAGACUUUAAAUACAAUUUUGUUAAUAUGACAGCUUUUAGAGUUGUCGAUAUUGAUCAACUCUAUGCCAAAGAGAUUUUAAGGGAUAUGGCUAAGUUCCAGGCCAACCAAGAGUUGUCACCGAUUAACAACACAUUUAUACAGGCCGAAGCUGCUCUAAUGUACGACUCGGUCUACGUCUUCGCAAUCGGAUUACAAACUUUAGAUCAAUCGCACACGCUCAAACUGUCCAACGUUUCCUGCAAUAAGGAACAGCCCUGGGACGGUGGAUUGAGUCUUAUUAAUUAUAUUAACGCUGUUGAAGUUAAGGGUUUAAGCGGUCCAAUUGAAUUUAAAGAAGGCAAAAGAAUCCGAUUUAAAUUGGAUUUAUUAAAGCUAAAGCAGCACGCUUUGGUUAAAGUGGGCGAAUGGUAUCCAGGAAUGGGCGUAAAUAUAACGGACAGAAAUGCAUUUUUCGAUCACGGCUCCAUGAACGUUACUUUGGUGGUUACAACAAUUUUGACUCAGCCCUACGUAAUGCUAAAAAAAUCACCGUCCCCGCUUGAUCACGAUCGCUACGAAGGAUUUUGCAUAGACUUGCUCAAAGAGCUAGCUCAAAUGGUAGGCUUUGAGUAUAGGAUAGAGCUGGUACCCGAUGGUAAAUAUGGAGCCAUAGAUUUAGACACUGGAGAAUGGAAUGGUAUUGUUAAACAACUUAUGGAAAAGAAAGCUGACUUGGCUGUUGGGUCUAUGACAAUAAAUUAUGCCAGAGAGAGCGUCAUCGAUUUUACAAAACCGUUUAUGAAUUUGGGCAUCAGCAUUUUGUUUAAGGUCCCAUCAAGUCCCGAAAUCCGUCUUUUCUCCUUCAUGAACCCUCUGGCAGCCGAUAUCUGGAUGUACGUGCUAUCCGCCUACGUCCUAGUAUCCAUAACCAUGUUUGUAGUUGCCAGAUUUUCUCCGUACGAAUGGCAAAGUCCGCAUCCAUGCGAUUCGGAAGAAGAGCAAUUGAAGAACCAAUUCUCUUUGGCCAAUUCGUUUUGGUUCACUAUCGGUACUUUGAUGCAACAAGGAUCCGAUUUGAAUCCCAAGGCAACCUCAACAAGAAUCGUAGGAGGCAUCUGGUGGUUUUUUACUUUGAUAAUCAUUUCAUCUUACACUGCAAAUUUGGCAGCAUUUCUGACUGUAGAAAGGAUGAUCACGCCGAUUGAAAAUGCUGAAGAUUUGGCCAGUCAAACGGAAAUUCCUUAUGGGACUUUAGAAAGUGGAUCUACGAUGACGUUUUUUAGAGAUUCCAUGAUUGAAACUUACAAAAAAAUGUGGAGAUACAUGGAAAACCGCAAACCGUCAGUUUUCGUGCCAACCUACGAAGACGGCAUCAAAAAAGUCCUAGUAGGAAACUACGCUUUCCUAAUGGAAUCUACUAUGCUCGACUACAUAGUCCAACGAGACUGCAAUUUAACCCAAAUAGGAGGAUUGCUCGACUCCAAAGGCUACGGCAUCGCAACCCCUAUGGGUAGUCCUUGGAGAGACAAAAUCUCCUUGGCAAUUCUCGAGCUGCAAGAAAAAGGCGAAAUCCAAAUGCUCUAUGAUAAAUGGUGGAAAAAUACAGGAGAAACUUGCCUAAGAAACGAUAAAACUAAAGACUCGAAAGCCAACAGUUUAGGGGUGGAUAAUAUAGGUGGCGUUUUUGUUGUAUUACUGUGUGGUCUUGCUUUCGCUGUUAUUAUAGCUAUCAUGGAGUUUUGCUAUAAUGCUAAAAAAAAUGCUAUAGCAGAGAAAAGAUCUCCGAGUGCUCCGCACCAAUCUAUAUGCUCGGAAAUGGGAGGAGAAUUGUGUUUUGCUAUAAGAUGUAGAGGCUCUAGACAAAGGCCUGCUUUAAGAAGACAAUGCUCAAAAUGUGUAACAGGUGUUACAUAUGUAUCUUCACCUUUGGAUAUUCCACCUCAUCCUCCACAACCGCCAACAAGUGUUCCACCUACUAACGGACUAAGUCCCAGGAUUUGUCCUUCUCACAUUCAAUUUAAAGAGGAUAUGCAACCGUUUCAUAUUGAAAAACCACAAGAUAUUAUAAGCCAGAAGCAACAGCAAAGGCGUGAUUUUACAAGUUAGGAAUGUAAAUAUAGUAACUAUUUAUCUUGGUAUAAGUGCGCUAGCAUUUUAUUUAUCUCUAUAAUAGGGAUAUUAUUGUGAUUUUGUAGAUGUCUGCAUGCAAUUUGUAAAAAAAUAAAAUAAAAGUGUAACUGUAA